AUGGUUAACUAUCCCAAAACAAGAAGAACUCAUUGCCAAAGCUGUAAUAAGCAUGUAGUGCAUAAAGUAUCUCUAUAUAAGAAGAGUAAAGAAAGACCUUUAGCUCAAGGGGCUAGAAGGUAUAAGCGUAAACAGAAAGGUUUUGGAGGUCAAACUAAGCCUAUUCUACACCGAAAGGCUAAGACUACUAAGAAAGUAGUUCUGAAGAUGGAAUGUUCUACUUGCAAGCGUAAGCAGUGCAAAGUCUUUAAGAGGGCUAAACACGUUGAAAUUGGUGCCCAGAAGAAGGCUAAGGGUGAAGCUCUUAACUACUAA